GGGUUUUGUAGUCGAUGGUUUUAUUGUUAUUGUUAACUGUUAGUUCCCUGUCGGUCAAGGAGAAAUCAGUAAAGUGUAAAAAUACGCUAAUAUAAGUAUCGAUUUGUUUGUGUGUGCAGUCUAUAGAAAGCUGCGAAAAUGUCUCAUACGGUGACUGUCACCAGGACCACUACUACAACAACAACUUCAGCUAUUAUCAUUAACACAGGUUACCUGAAAGCAUGGCCGGGGCUACUCAAACUCGCCCAAUUGAUUUUAGGUAUAGUUACCGUUGGAAUAGUGAGUUACUACCUCAACAGAUACAUAAGAUUUGUGAACACCCCUGAGGUUUUCUUCCUGCUUAUGGCCGUCACGUUUCUAGUGGGAACGUUCCUGCUGCUGACUUCCUGCUUGAUAUCGAUAUCAACUGCAUCGAUCAUAUCUAAGACCAUAUACGAAGUCGUGUAUCACGGAUUCGCGUUUAUUCUACUGCUAGCCGCCAGUUUAACGUUCGUAAUCGAAAUCAACCACCGGAAACAGAAUUACCGCGGCGCUGAUUACGAACCUUAUUUCGCCGCUUCUAUAAUUGGGCUGGUUAACGCGGCGCUCUACCUGAUAAGUACAAUUUUCGCCUUGAGAAGUUACAGAGGACUUUAAUUUCGAUAUUAUUUAUUGUUGUUUAAUGAGUGGUGAAAUCAUUUUUCCGAUUAAAAUACCUUAAUGAAUUUGUCACAGAUCGUUCAACUCAACUGAAACAGUUUUGUAC